AACCUCAUCAAAGAUCAGAGAUUGGUUUUUUUAGUCCUUCCACAAAUCAUGCCUAAAUUGAACAAUAACUAUUCAUUUCAAAAGAUCUCCUCCCACUUCCAUUAACAACCACCCCUAUUUCACACAAGCCCCUCAUUCAUCAGCCUUCUCUACUCUCUCUCUCUCUCCCUCUCUCUCAUACACACAUGUGGCAUGGAAACAUCCAUUAGUAUGCCAGUCUUGUUCUAUUAGUAUGCACAUGGAAAGAAAGGCAGAACAGAGGGUCUAAUAAAGGAAAACUAUCAUUGGGAGCGUCCAAUCUCUCCAUCAUGAUCUUCAACAGAACCAUGUUCCGUUUUCUACUGCAAUGUUUGGUUAUAAUCGCUGAACAGCCAAUUUCUGGCUAUCAGCACCACUAUCCCCCUCACCACUCUUUACAAACCGACAGAGCUGCACUUCUUGCAUUCAAAAAGACCAUAUCAUCCGACCCAUAUUCCGUACUUUCCAACUGGAAUGAGGUCACUCAGGUGUGCAACUUCACUGGUGUCAGAUGCAAUACAAAGCGUCAUCGCGUGACAAAACUCAUCCUCCGUAAUGCCGAACUUGUGGGGAUGCUAUCCCCCUUCAUUGCAAACCUCACUCGGCUUCGAGUCCUAAAGCUUGUGAACAAUAACUUCUCUGGCAUCAUUCCACCAGAAUUCUCCUCCCUCCAACACCUUAGCCUCCUCUGGCUUGAAGGGAACAAUUUGGAAGGCCAGAUACCAGAUUCCUUCUCUCAUCUUACCAAACUUGCCUUAGUAAAUCUACAGGCAAACAAAUUAACGGGUAAAAUUCCAGCUUCCUUCUUCUCUAACUGCACAAUGUUGAAAAAUGUAGACCUCUCCAUGAACUUUCUCACAGGGGAAAUUCCAACAGAAAUUGGAAAUUGCCCGGGUAUCUGGAACCUCGCUUUGUAUAAUAACCAGCUCACUGGUGAAAUCCCAUUUUCAAUAAUCAACGCUUCAUUGAUGUUUAAUUUGGAUGUGGAGUAUAACCAUCUCAAAGGUGAAUUGCCUUCAGAGAUAGCAGCAAAUCUACCUGAACUUCUCUAUCUUCAUUUAUCAUAUAAUAACAUGGUUAGCCACGACAACAAUUCUAAUCUUGUUCCUUUCUUCACUGCCCUAAAAAACUGCACUAUUCUAGACGAGCUUGAAUUGGCCGGUAUGGAGCUCGGAGGAAAGUUGCCUAGUUCCAUUGGCCAACUUGUCGGUAGCCUGACAUCUCUGUUGCUUCAAGAAAACAGGAUUGCGGGAUCAAUUCCUCCAACUUUGGUGAAUCUUACUCGACUCACGGUGCUGAAUUUGACAUACAAUUUUUUGAGUGGAACCAUUCCAGCUGAAAUCAGUCAGUUAUCGUACUUGGAACAACUGUUCUUAUCUCACAAUUUUUUCACUGGCUCUAUUCCAGUAGCAAUGGGACAGUUUCGACAUCUUGGUCUGCUUGAUCUAUCAAAUAACAGACUUUCUGGUGAGAUCCCCAAAAGUCUAGGAGAUUUGAUCCAAUUAAAUUUUAUGUUUCUUAACCACAACCUUCUUACAGGAGCAAUACCUCCAAGUUUAGGACAGUGCGAAGAUCUGUCCAAGCUAGACUUGUCCUAUAACAAUUUGACAGGGAACAUCCCUCCAGAAAUAACAAGUUUACGCGAGAUCAGAAUAUUUCUGAAUCUUUCUAACAAUCAUCUUGAAGGCACUUUGCCAAUUGAGCUCAGCAAGCUAGAAAAUGUUCAAGAGAUUGAUCUUUCAUCAAAUAAUCUCACUGGAAUUGUCUUCCCUCAGAUAUCAAGUUGCAUUGCCUUGAGGUUGAUAAAUUUGUCGCACAAUUUUCUUCGAGGACAGCUUCCAGAAACCUUGGGCGAUCUCAAGAACCUUGAAGCCUUUGAUGUUUCAGGGAACUUGUUAUCUGGAACAAUCCCAACAAGCUUGAACAAAAUUCACACACUCACCUUUCUGAAUCUUUCAUGUAACAACUUUGCUGGAACAAUUCCCUCUGGUGGCAUCUUUGAUUCUGUCACAAAUCUAUCAUUUUUACACAACUGGGAGCUUUGUGGGUCGGUUCCAGGUAUCCCCAGCUGCCAUCGAAAGAACAAUUUUUUUCAUGUGCGUGCUUACUUGAUUACAUUUUUUAUUGUCAUUUUCGUAACAGUGUUCAUCGCGGCAAUAUGUUGUGUGAUUGGAUGCCGGCGCUUAAAAACAAUAAUUUCUGUUGGGAAUGUUGAAACGGAAACAAAAUCACCACCAGAAUUGAUUCACAAUUUCCCACGAAUAACAUACAAAGAACUCUCCGAGGCCACUGGAGGAUUUGAUGAGCAAAGACUAGUUGGGUCAGGCAGCUAUGGACGUGUCUACAAAGGAAUUCUUCCAGAUGGGACACCUGUAGCAGUUAAAGUGCUACAUUUGCAAACUGGCAAUUCUACAAAGAGUUUCAUUAGAGAAUGCCAAGUUCUAAAGAGGAUUCGUCACCGGAACCUGAUAAGGAUUAUAACAGCUUGUAGUCUGCCUGAUUUCAAGGCUCUUGUUCUUCCUUACAUGGCAAAUGGAAGCUUGGAUAGCCGUCUGUAUCCACACUCAGGUACCAGUCUGGCUUCAGGGUCUUCGGACUUGAGCCUGAUUCAGAGGGUGAACAUUUGCAGUGACAUAGCCGAAGGGAUGGCUUAUCUGCAUCACCACUCUCCGGUUAGAGUCAUACACUGUGAUCUAAAGCCAAGCAAUGUUCUUCUCAAUGAUGACAUGACAGCUUUGGUUGCGGACUUUGGGAUCGCAAGGUUGGUCAUGACAGCCGGAGCAGGAAAUGCCGGGGUGGUGGAGAACAUGGGAAGCUCUACUGCAAAUAUGUUGUGUGGAUCGAUUGGGUACAUUGCACCAGAGUAUGGAUUUGGAUCAAACACAACUACAAAGGGAGAUGUUUACAGCUUUGGCAUUCUAGUCCUUGAGAUGGUGACAAGAAAGAGGCCGAUAGACGACAUUUUUGUCGGGGGCCUAAACCUGCACAAAUGGGUUAAGAGUCAUUAUCAUGGACGAAUGGAGAAAGUGAUAGACUCUUCACUGGUGAGAACCAUGAGAGAUCAGUCCCCUGAAGUGAAGAAGAUGUGGGAAGUUGCAAUUGGAGAGCUAAUUGAGUUAGGUAUUCUUUGCACACAGGAAUCACAUUCUACUCGGCCCACAAUGCUUGAUGCUGCAGAUGACUUGGAUCGCCUCAAGAGGUACCUUAGUGGAGACACCACAGCAACAUUUGCCUCCUCUCUUGGUAUAUCAUCUUCUACUGUAGAUGACUUCUUGUGAGGCACUUAACCAAUUCGUUGUACAUACAUGUAAUUACUGCAGCACAACCUUUCUGGAAGUUUGUCCAUCACCACCAAUCUAUUAAAUUAUUCUGGGUAUGAGAAGCGGUAACUCCUAUGGUAUGGAGAAUCUGCUUGUCAAUGUCAUGUGUUUUUUAACCUAACAUUAAGUGUUGCAAACAAUGAAUGCAGAGAUAGAACCUCUGUUUUGCUACUCUUUUGGAUCACAUAAUUCAUACAUCAUUAA